AUGGGAAUUCCUCGGUUUCCUAAGGAUAACGAUGGUAGCCUCGAGAAGCGUCUAAUACCGGAGGUUUUACAAUGGAGUAUUGCAAACGGACUUCUGUUGUACCCACCUAAUUUUGAGAUUGACAAGCCAUGUAACGCUCCAACAACACUCUUCCCAACUCCUUUUCCCAAGAAAAGUUUUCAACAUGCUUUGGCUUUACAAACCAUUUAUAAUGAAGUUUAUGCUAAAGUUGCACAGGGAGCAUCUGACGAUUGGCUAGUAGGCGAAAUCGACAACUUGGCCCAUUUCGAUCCUGAAUUUACAGGUAGAUUGUGGGGAUUAUAUUUGAAGGCCAAGGUACAAGGUAUAAGUCAAAAGAUUUCAUUAGGUGUCUUCAGAUCGGAUUAUUUGCUUGACAACGAAAAACUUGAAGUCAAGCAAGUGGAGUUCAACACUGUUUCCGUCUCGUUUGGUGGCCUUUCUUCUAAAGUUUGUGAGUUGCAUAAAUAUUUGAAUGACUCUGGGAAAUACGAUAUGUCCUCAAAGGACUCAUUCUACCAGCAGGAAAUACCAGUCUCGGACUCGGAUUUGAAAUUGGCCAAGGGCCUUGCUGAAGGCGCUAAAGCCUACAAGACGCGUACAGGAAAGCCAAUUGUUGCAUUUAUUGUUCAAAAUGGUGAACGAAAUGUCUUCGACCAGAAAAUACUUGAAUAUAACCUUUUGAGACACUUUGGCGUGAGAUCGGUAAGAAUUACGAUUCAGGGGAUUCACGAGCUGACUAGGUUAGAUCCAAAUGAUAAGAGGCUGUAUUACGUUCCAACUGGUGAGGAAAUCGGAGUAGUUUACUUUCGGGCAGGGUAUUCUCCCAGUGACUAUCUGAGCGAACAAGACUGGGAAAAUAGGUUAACUUUAGAGAUCAGUUUCGCCAUAAAAGCACCAAAUUUGCUCACGCAAUUGGCUGGGACGAAAAAAAUCCAGCAACUUUUGACGGACUCUUCGGUACUGGAGAGAUUCACAGCAGACUCGAGCUCUCUGGAGAUGCUUAAAUCUUCAUUUGUUGAAAUGUACCCUCUAGACGAUUCCGAUCUUGGUAGAAAGGGUAAAGAGCUUGCACUCAAACAGCCCCAGGACUUCGUUUUAAAGCCGCAGAGAGAAGGCGGUGGUAAUAAUAUUUACAAGAACGACAUCCCUAAAUUUUUAGCCGGCAUUCCUGAGAGUGAAUGGAGUGGAUACAUUCUUAUGCAAUUGAUCAAACCACAGCCUACAACUGACAAUAUAGUGCUAAGGGGCCGGGAAAUUUCAAGAGAGCCAAUUUUGAGUGAGCUUGGUAUUUUCGGGUACGUGGUUUUUGACGAUUCCAAUAUUCUUGUGAAUGAGACCGCAGGAUGGUUGCUGAGAUCGAAAUCUAGCAGCUCCGACGAGGGAGGAGUUGCCGCAGGAUUUGGAUGUGUGGAUAGCGUUGUGCUGUAUUGA